UUUAAACUAAAAAAAAAAAUUAAUAAAAAAGGAAAAGAAAGAAAACCAUGCGAAGUCUGAGAGAGGUAGAGGUUCCAACACAAACCGUCGCGCGUUAUAUCGGUGAACGUAUGAACUCGGAACUCUCCACAUUUGUCUGUGGCAAAAGGUAUUGGGGAAGCAAGAAAUUUUGGCUGGAGCAGCCGGUUUCGGUUGCAAGGAUUUCGUCUUCAACCCUUGUGUUUAACCAAACCCACAAGUUCUUUGAGAGUUGAGAUGCAGCAGCAGCAGCAAUAUCACCACCACUUGGGUUUUGAAGAAUCACCAAGUGGAAGCAGUGGGGCUAGGGUGAGCUUAUUGAUUCGUCACCUUCCAGAAGCUAUUUCUGAGGAGACUCUGUUUCGGCUGUUGUCCCACUAUGGUGCUUCUUCUGUUCGCUCGUGCGCUGCUACUGGCCGGCUGAGGAACUGCGCAUUUGUGGAUUUCCAAAACGAAGGCUUGGCGUACCAGGCACAACGACAGUUAAACGGGCUGAGGUUUCUUGGUAAGGUCUUAAAAGUAGAGAGGGCAGCCGCCAAUAAUGAUAAGCCAUCACAGGCUUCUAACAACAAUUCUAUUUCUGUAAACCCCACUUCCAAACCAUCUUUGGUCCACAACCCUACCAUCAAGAUAGAGGCUGACAAAGUUGAAGUCUCAAGAUCAGAGCCCAUUGCUCCAAGGCUUGGUGUAGACUAUCCCUUUCCUCCUCACCUCGAGUAUGCUUACCCGCCACCAGAUGGAAAUAUUCUAACCAACAUUGUAAAUGCUCUUAUAGCUGUACCUCGCUUUUAUACACAGGUUUUGCACUUGAUGAACAAAAUGAACAUACCAGCUCCAUUUCGUAUGGCUCUUCCCUCUCCACCACUACCACCCUCAGUACCCGUGCCACUUCCACCACCUCCCCCACUUCUAGCCGAAAAGCCUUGCUCGGCUGAUUUAUCAAGUGAAGAGUCAGAAAUGGAAUCUUCGGAUGAGGAAGUCAAGGAAAAAUCCUAUAGCAGAGCUUUUAGUGGACGGAAGCGUAUUAAGCGGGAAGCUAUUGUUGGUCCUGCAGUUGAUAAAGAUGUAGCUCAUGAAGAUGUUGGAUUGAAAUCAGCCACUCUUAUCCCAAAGGAGAUUCCAAUGAUAAAAAAGAAGAACCCUAUCGUACAGAUAAAAAUUGCACCAAAAGUUGUUGUUAAUGAAAAUAAAGAUGAUGGCAUUACUGAAGACUCAGAGCAUCCAGAAAAUGAGAGUGCAGAUAUCAACACUUUUGCAACUCCAGAAGAACUGGAAAAAGGAAAAUUGCCUCCAGAAGAAAUAUUAUCACUGCCAAUGUUUAAGAACUAUGCAGCUGGGAAUCCGGCCUCGGUGUUGUAUAUAAAGAACUUGGCAAAGGAUAUUGUUGCUGAUGACUUAUAUUACAUAUUUGGGUCAUUAUUUGAAGUUGAUGCAGCCAAAUCUGGUCUCAGCGUGAAGCUCAUGCAGGAAGGAAGAAUGAGAGGACAAGCUUUUGUGACAUUUCCAUCAGUUGAACUAGCACAUUAUGCUUUGAAUCUAGUAAAUGGGUAUGUGUUCAAAGGCAAACCAAUGAUCAUCCAGUUUGGCCGGAAUCCUGCAGCUGGGAAAGCAAAUUAAAAUGAAAUUGGCUGGGAGUGAGGUUUUCUCCAGAACUCCUCGAGCACGAAUCUCCGGUGGUACAGAAGAAAGAAACUGUAAUAUGUUGCUACCCAUGCAACUAAAGUGGACUGAGAGCUGGUGGUUCUGAAAAGGUUGAAGUUACAUGCCCAGAUGGUCUCUGCUAGGCAUCCUGCAUCAGCUCAGAAGUUUUCCACAUCAGAAUGCUUCUCAUGUCUUGGACUCUUGGCUUAAAAGUUAGAACUAACAAGUAGAGAAAGUUGGUUUCAAAAGAGAAAUGAAUUGCUUUCUUUUCAGAGUAAAAGGGUUGGUUAUCAAGUAUCAAUCAAGUUAAAUAACUAAGAAAACAUAGUUUUUUUAACUUUUAUAUUGAAGUUACACAAUUUAUCAACCAUAA